AUGGGGUCGGUGACAUUGAAUGGGGAGAGGGAGCGCGAGCGAGCCAGCGGGGCGCGCGCCCUCACAGCGCAGCUCGCCCCGAGAUCCCCCGCCACGCCUACCCCUAUCACAUUAGCGAGAUAUGGGAGAUCGCGGAACAAAACCCAGGAUUUCGAAGAGUUGUCGUCUAUAAGGUCCGCGGAACCCAGCCAGAGUUUCAGCCCAAACCUCGGCUCUCCGAGCCCGCCUGAGACUCCAAACUUGUCGCAUUGGGUUUCUUGCAUCGGGAAAUACUUAUUGUUGGAACCUCUGGAAGGAGACCACGUUUUUCGGGCUGUGCAUUUGCACAGCGGAGAGGAGCUGGUGUGCAAGGUGUUUGAGAUCAGCUGCUACCAAGAGUCCCUGGCACCCUGCUUUUGCCUGUCUGCCCAUAGCAACAUCAACCAAAUCACCGAAAUCCUCCUGGGCAAAACCAAAGCCUAUGUGUUCUUUGAGCGGAGCUAUGGGGAUAUGCAUUCAUUUGUUCGCACUUGCAAGAAGCUAAGGGAGGAGGCGGCAGCCAGACUAUUCUACCAGAUCGCCUCUGCUGUGGCCCAUUGCCACGAUGGGGGGCUGGUGCUGCGUGACCUCAAGCUGCGGAAGUUCAUCUUUAAGGAUGAAGAGAGGACCCGGGUCAAGCUGGAGAGCUUGGAAGAUGCCUAUAUUCUCCGGGGAGUCGAUGACUCUCUCUCUCUCUCUGACAAGCAUGGCUGCCCUGCAUACGUCAGCCCAGAGAUCUUGAAUACCAGUGGCAGCUACUCAGGCAAGGCAGCGGACGUGUGGAGCCUGGAAGUAAUGCUAUACACCAUGUUGGUGGGGCGUUACACUUUCCAUGACAUUGAGCCCAGUUCCCUCUUCAGCAAGAUUCACCGAGGCCAGUUCAACAUUCCAGAGACUCUGUCGCCCAAGGCCAAGUGCCUUAUCCGAAGCAUUCUGCGGAGGGAGCCCUCAGAGCGCUUGACCUUACAGGAAAUUCUGGACCAUCCUUGGUUUUCUACAGAUUUUAGCGUCUCAAAUUCAGGAUAUGGUGCUAAGGAAGUUUCUGACCAGCUGGUGCCAGAUGUAAACAUGGAAGAGAACUUGGACCCUUUCUUUAACUGAGAUCAUGGCCCAUGGAGACUCAGCAGGUACCAGGAGUGAGAGAGGGCCCCAGAAAAGAGUUCUUCCGGGACACAGGUGGCCUGGCUGGACAGCAAGACAGAUAUUCGCACUCAUACAUUUCUUGGCUCAGAGGAGGAAGACCUUCCAGGAGCUGACUGGACAUGUAGCAUGUGGGCAGGACAUGUGGG